AUGAAGGAGGUUGUAAAUUCUAGUAGCUCAGAGCUUGACAAUAAAGGUGAUGUGACAUUUCACCAACUUCUGCCUCUCCAAUACUCUGGUUCUCAAUACAUCAGCUUUCCGUGUGCUGGCAUCAGUUCUCUUCUAGGAAAUAUUACUUUCCGAUUGAUCUCUUUGCUGGACAAUAAUUACAUCUAUAUCAAUGGAAGCAGUGGACUAGUCGGACAAGUUAUUCUUAAGAACGUCGGUGAAGUUCGAGACCUAGAUCUACCAAGUUCCAGUUUGUACUUGUUUAGUAGCAGCAAGAACAAGAGUUUCUAUCUCUCUUUAACAAUCAGAGAUAGUGUAGGAGGUAGUUUCACUCCUGAUAAAGUUUGCGAGACUUCCUUGAUCCCUGUUCAACUUUGGAGAUAUCAUUAUGUUGUGGACAUCGGAACAAGAAGACCUCUAUUGAAUAUCUUCCUCUUUGUCAUUGUGGAAACUUCUCUGAGAGAAAGCAUUGAGAUAAACAGCAUAAAGAGAGCCUCGGAUUGUACAGACAUUCCAGGAACCAACUGGACAGGCUGUGUGUACAACAUGACGUCCGAUGUGGAGAGCCUCUAUCAUGUCCAACUGAAAUACCAUCAAAGAAAUCUGGCCGCUUACAUGAUGACAUACGACAACGUCACGAUGGCAUGUACAGCGUUGGGAGCCGCAGAUGAUGUGAAACAGCUCAAUUCCUUCUCUGAUUCAUCGUAUUUGCGGUCACUGAACGCCCUGCCGAGUGAGACCGUAUCACCGGACACUUGCACUCUGCCUACCACCACAGUAGCCCCAUCUACUACAACUACUACCAGCCAAAGCUCCACGGUGGCCUACAUCAACGUGUGCAACACUUCUCUCUGGAAUGACUCAACAACGCCAUCUCAAAACUUGUCUUCCUCGACGACAUCCCAGAAUACAACAUCGAUGAGUUCAGAGAUAACUUCAGAAGAUACACCUCGCAACAAUAUCGUAACGACGACCACCACGACCACCAGGAAACAGGACAUCAGCCAGUACCUUAAGAGUAUUGUCCAAAACUUGACCGUCGACAAAGAAAGUACGUCUGCCUUCAGAAGGACUAAAGAAUGUGUUCCUGACUAUAGACCAUCGUCCAACGCCGUGGGAGCUACAGGCAUAGCUCUGCUGACAUUUGUUUUUGGUUUUAUUUGUGGCAAUGACGUGGUGAUACUUGUUAUCGCUGUGAUAAAAUGGUUGAAAAUGAAAAUUAGUUUAAGCCUAAGAAAUAUACCCAGCUAA